CGCUGUUGGUGGCGUGGAGAACACUGCCUUCCCGGUUCUGUGAGGAUUUUUCUGCUUGUAACCCUCCAAAACCCUCUUUGCUGUUGUACCUGUUGUCCACGUGUUGGUCGGAAUUGGAGCAGCAGCGAGAGCCUCGUGUUUGGACGUCCGGUCUUGUUUUUAUCGAAAGUUUUUGUCGACUGCAUCUUCCUGCUCCCCGGCGCGGCGUGAGUUUCACGUGGGAGCCCGAGCCGAGCCCUAGCAUCCUGCUCACUGAACCCAGCCAGCUGAGCCCUGAGAGCACACAGCAUCUGAGAGGAUGGCAGCCCUCAUUCUGGAAGAUGGCACCACGUUCAGAGGACGCCUUUUUGGCGCUCAUGUGUCCGUAUCAGGAGAAGUUGUGUUUCAGACAGGCAUGGUGGGCUACACCGAGGCUCUCACGGACCCAUCCUACCGUUGUCAAAUUCUGACCCUCACGUACCCGCUUGUGGGCAACUAUGGUGUCCCACAGGAUGAAGAUGCAGAAUUUGGGCUCAGCAAGUGGUUUGAGUCGUCCAGGAUCCAUGCUGCAGCUCUGAUCAUAGGAGAGCUGUCAGAGAACCCCAGUCACUGGAGCUCAAAAAAGUCACUGGACCAAUGGCUUAAAGAGCAAGGCAUUCCUGGACUAGAAGGCAUUGACACCCGAAGUCUGACCAAGAAGAUCCGAGAGAAGGGCACCAUGCUCGGAAAGCUGGUGGUGGACGGGACACCUGAGGACAGCAUUCCCUUUGACGACCCCAACCUUAGGAACCUGGUCCAGGAGGUCUCCAUGAAGGAGCCCAGAGUGUUCAACCCCAGUGGUAGUCUGCGAAUCACAGUGGUGGACUGUGGCAUCAAGUACAACCAGAUCCGCUGCCUGGCCAAACGAGGGGCCUGUGUUACCGUUGUACCCUGGGACCAUCCACUGGAUAGCACAGAUUUUGAUGGUCUCUUCAUCAGCAAUGGCCCUGGAGAUCCCCGGGUCUGCCAGGCCACCAUAGACAACGUGAGAAAGGUGGUUUCUGUGGAUCAUCCCAAGCCCUUGUUUGGCAUCUGCCUCGGACACCAGCUGCUCUCCUUAGUCAUCGGAGCCAAGACCUACAAGAUGAAGUAUGGUAACCGUGGCCACAACCAGCCAUGCAUCCAUAAGGGAACAGACCGCUGCUUCAUCACCAGUCAGAACCACGGCUUUGCUGUCGACCCGGAGACCCUGCCACCGGGCUGGGAUGUCCUCUUUACCAACGCCAACGACCAGACCAGUGAGGGCAUUGUUCACAACACACAGCCUCUAUUCAGCGUUCAGUUCCACCCGGAGCACAUGGCCGGCCCCACUGACCUGGUCAGCCUGUUCGAUGUCUUCCUCGACACAGUCAGAGAGCACAAACAGGGAAACACAGCCAAAUCUGUGAAGCAGCGUCUGACCGAGCACCUCACCUUCCCUGGAUCCCCAAAACCAGAAGAGUUUGUUCGGCCCAGGAAGGUUCUCAUCCUGGGCUCUGGAGGACUGUCCAUCGGUCAGGCCGGGGAGUUUGACUACUCCGGCUCGCAGGCUAUCAAGGCUCUGAAGGAGGAGAAUAUCCAGACAGUCCUGAUCAACCCCAACAUCGCCACCGUCCAGACCUCCAAAGGCCUGGCUGACAAAGUCUACUUCCUGCCUAUCACCCCGGAGUAUGUCACUCAGGUGAUAAAGAAUGAGCGUCCAGACGGCGUGCUGCUGACCUUUGGCGGCCAGACGGCCCUGAACUGCGGUGUGGAGCUGACCAAGCUGGGCGUCCUGGAGAAGUACAAGGUCCGCGUCCUGGGAACGCCGGUGGCCUCCAUCGAGAUGACAGAGGACAGGAAGAUUUUUGUGGAGAAAAUGGAGGAGAUCAAUGAACACGUGGCUCCCAGCGAGGCAGCGCUGUCUGUAGAGCAGGCGGUGGCUGCAGCAGAACGUCUGGGCUACCCCGUCCUUGUUCGUUCCGCAUUCGCCCUGGGCGGCUUGGGGUCCGGCUUUGCAAACAACCGGGAGGAGCUGACCUCUCUGGUGACAUCAGCUUUCGCCCACACCUCCCAGGUCCUGGUAGACAAAUCCCUGAAGGGCUGGAAGGAGAUUGAGUACGAGGUGGUCCGAGAUGCCUAUGACAACUGUGUCACUGUGUGUAACAUGGAGAAUAUUGAUCCUCUGGGCAUCCAUACUGGGGAGUCCAUCGUCGUGGCGCCCAGUCAGACACUGAAUGACCGUGAGUACCACAUGCUGAGAAACACCGCCAUCAAAGUCAUCAGGCACCUCGGCAUUGUGGGAGAGUGUAAUAUCCAGUACGCUCUCAACCCAGAGUCUGAACAGUACUACAUCAUAGAGGUGAAUGCCCGUCUGUCUCGAAGUUCGGCCCUGGCCAGCAAGGCAACAGGUUACCCUCUCGCCUAUGUCGCGGCUAAACUUGGCCUGGGAAUUCCUCUGCCAGUCCUCAAGAACUCUGUGACUAACUCGACCACGGCGAACUUUGAGCCCAGUCUGGACUACUGUGUGGUGAAGGUGCCUCGCUGGGACCUGAGCAAGUUCCUCAGGGUUUCCACCAAGAUAGGCAGCUCCAUGAAGAGUGUUGGUGAAGUGAUGGCUAUCGGCCGCAGUUUUGAGGAGGCCUUCCAGAAAGCUCUGAGGAUGGUGGAUGAGAGCUGUGUUGGCUUUGAUCACACUAUUAAACCCGUCUCUGACCAGGAGUUGCAAACUCCCACAGACAAGCGUAUUUUUGUGUUGGCGGCGGCGUUCAGAGCUGGCUACACUGUGGACCAGCUGUACGAGCUGACCAAGAUCGACCGCUGGUUCCUGCACAAGAUGAAGAACAUUGCCGACCAUGAGCGCCUGCUGGAGACAUACAACCAGGAUGAGAGCACCAUGCCCCCGGAGGUGAUGCGGAAGGCCAAGCAGCUGGGAUUCUCCGACAAACAGAUAGCACUGGCUGUACAGAGCACGGAGCUGGCAGUGAGGAAGCUGCGCCAUGAUUGGUCCAUCCUGCCGGUGGUGAAGCAGAUUGACACAGUGGCAGCUGAAUGGCCGGCCCACACCAACUACCUGUACCUGACCUAUCACGGCACUGAGAACGACCUGAGUUUUGAUGAGCAGCACGUCAUGGUGAUCGGCUCAGGCGUGUAUCGCAUUGGCAGCAGUGUUGAGUUUGAUUGGUGUGCUGUUGGCUGCAUCAUGGAGCUCAGGAAGAUGGGCUAUAAGACCAUCAUGGUGAACUACAAUCCAGAGACAGUCAGUACAGACUAUGACAUGUGCAACCGCCUCUACUUUGAUGAGAUCUCCUUUGAGGUGGUGAUGGACAUCUAUGAGUUGGAGAACCCUGAGGGUGUGAUCCUAUCUAUGGGAGGCCAGCUGCCCAACAACAUCGCCAUGUCACUGCAUCGCCAGCAGUGCCGCAUCCUGGGAACCUCGCCUGAGUUCAUCGACUCUGCCGAGAACAGGUUCAAAUUUUCCCGCAUGCUGGAUACCAUUGGCAUCAGCCAGCCACGCUGGAAGGAGCUCUCUGACACUGAGUCUGCUAUGAAGUUCUGUGAGACGGUGGGUUAUCCCUGCCUGGUUCGUCCUUCGUACGUUCUCAGUGGAGCGGCCAUGAACGUUGCCUACAGUGACAGCGACCUGGAGAAAUACUUGAGCAGCGCUGUAGCCGUGUCCAAGGAACAUCCUGUCGUCAUUUCCAAGUUCAUACAGGAAGCCAAGGAAAUUGAUGUGGAUGCUGUAGCAUGUGAUGGAGCAGUGAUGGCUAUUGCGGUGUCUGAGCAUGUGGAGAACGCUGGCGUUCACUCUGGUGAUGCUACCCUGGUAACACCACCCCAGGACCUCAACCAGAAGACCAUAGAGAGGAUCAAAAUGAUUGUCCAUGCCAUUGGUCAGGAGCUGCAGGUCACCGGACCCUUUAACCUGCAGCUUAUUGCCAAGGAUGACCAGCUGAAGGUGAUUGAGUGCAAUGUCCGAGUCUCCCGUUCCUUCCCCUUUGUGUCUAAAACACUGGGUGUGGACCUUGUUGCCCUGGCAACACAAGCUAUUAUGGGAGAGGAAAUGGAACCUGUGGGCCUGAUGAAAGGAAAGGGGGUCGUGGGCGUCAAGGUGCCCCAGUUCUCAUUUUCUCGGCUGGCUGGAGCUGAUGUGGUGCUGGGGGUGGAGAUGACCAGCACUGGGGAGGUGGCCUGUUUUGGGGAGAACAGAUAUGAGGCCUACCUCAAAGCCAUGCUCUCUACUGGCUUCAAGAUCCCAAAGAAGAACAUCCUACUCUCCAUUGGCAGCUACAAGAAUAAGAGUGAGCUGCUGCCAACUGUGCAGGCUCUGGAGAGUCUGGGCUAUGAUCUGUACGCCAGCGUGGGCACUGCUGACUUCUACACUGAACAUGGCGUCAAGGUGACGGCAGUAGAUUGGCCGUUUGAGGACGACAGUGUUUGCCCCACCAAAGAAAAGCAGCGCAGCAUCAUGAACUACCUGGAGGAGAACCACUUCGACCUGGUCAUCAACCUCUCCAUGAGGAACAGCGGCGGCCGCAGGCUCUCCUCCUUCGUCACCAAAGGCUACAGGACCAGACGGAUGGCUGUUGACUACUCAGUCCCGCUCAUCAUCGACAUCAAGUGCACCAAGCUCUUCGUUCAGGCUCUCCAUCAGAUUGGUAGGAGUCCACCAGUGAAGACUCACAUUGACAGUAUGACAUCGCAGACACUGGUCCGUCUGCCUGGUCUGAUUGAUGUACAUGUACACCUACGGGAGCCCGGUGCCACCCAUAAGGAGGACUUCUCUUCUGGUACAGCAGCCGCCCUGGCAGGGGGAGUGACCAUGGUGUGUUCCAUGCCCAACACCUCCCCUGCUGUCAUAGACCCAAGCUCCCUGGCCAUGGUCCAGAAGCUGGCGAAGGCAGGCUGUCGUUGUGACUACGCCCUGUAUUUGGGUGCUGCGUCAGACAAUGCCACCAUCCUGCCAACCAUUGCCAGCCAGGCCGCUGGCCUCAAGAUGUACCUGAACGACACGUACUCCACCCUCAAAAUGGACAACGUGUCUCUCUGGAUGGAGCACUUUGAGAAGUGGCCCAAGCAGAUGCCCAUCGUGGCCCACGCUGAGAAGCAGACAGUGGCUGCCAUCCUGAUGGUGGCCCAGCUCUACCAGCGGCCAGUCCACAUCUGCCAUGUGGCCAAGAAGGAGGAGAUCUUAAUCAUUCGGGCUGCCAAGCAGAAGGGCAUCCAGGUCACUUGUGAAGUGGCACCCCACCACCUCUUCCUGUGUGAGGACAAUGUGAUAGAAAUUGGUGGGGGGCGGGCACAGGUGCGACCCAUGCUGGGAACCCAGGAAGACAUGGAGGCACUCUGGGAAAACCUGGACAUCAUCGACUGCUUCGCCACAGACCACGCCCCCCAUUCUGUAGAGGAGAAGAGUGGUGACAACCCUCCUCCAGGCUACCCCGGCCUGGAGACCAUGUUGCCACUGCUGCUGACCGCAGUCAGUGACGGGCGCCUGACUUUGGAUGACAUCAUCAGGCGUCUUUAUGACAACCCACGUAGGAUCUUCAACCUGCCCACCCAAGACAACACUUAUGUGGAGGUGGACCUGGAGCAGGAGUGGGUUAUUCCUCAGGCCAUGCAGUUCACUAAGUCCAAGUGGACGCCCUUCCAGGGUAUGAAGGUGAAGGGCAAAGUCCGCCGUGUGGUUCUGCGAGGAGAAGUGGCCUACAUCGAUGGCCAGGUUUUGGUACCUCCAGGUUAUGGAGAGGAUGUGAAGUCUUGGCCCAGCGCCACUAUCGCCCCCCCUGAACCUACUAAAGACAUCCCAGUGACCCCAGAAUGCCCCCGUCCAACCCCUCCCCGUGAGGGACUGGUCCGAACCCGAGCCCCCAGCCCUCGCCGUUCGGUAGGGGAGGGCCGUUACAUGCUGCCGCCCCGCAUUCACCGCUCCUCUGACCCUGGACUGCCUCCAGCUGAAGAAACAAAGGAGAGAGCUUUGAGGAGAGCAAUCGAUGAAGAGUUCAUGGUCCCUCCAGUCGUGGGGAGUGGUGAUGGUUACAGCCACCCUCCUCCCCUGUCCAGGCUGCUGUCCCCCCAAGCCAUACCAGGACAGUCAUCUGUCGGCCAGGUGUCCCACUUCCAGACGUCACCCCUACUGCACCCGCUGGUGGGCCAGCACAUUCUGUCUGUCAGGCAAUUCAGCAAGGAGCAGAUGUCCCAUCUUUUCAACGUUGCUCACACUCUACGUUUGCUGGUCCAGAAGGAAAGAAGCCUAGACAUAUUAAAGGGGAAAGUAAUGGCGUCCAUGUUCUAUGAAGUCAGUACUCGUACCAGCAGCUCCUUUGCAGCGGCCAUGCAGCGGCUGGGCGGCUCAGUGGUCCACUUCAGUGAGUCCACCUCCUCCACUCAGAAAGGAGAAUCACUGGCAGACUCUGUCCAGACCAUGAGCUGCUAUGCCGAUGUCCUUGUACUCAGACAUCCCACACCUGGGGCUGUAGAGAAUGCAUCGCGUCAUUGCCGUAAGCCGGUGAUCAAUGCUGGAGACGGAGUAGGGGAGCACCCAACCCAGGCCCUGCUGGAUGUCUUCACCAUCAGAGAGGAGCUGGGGACAGUCAACGGCAUGACGAUAACUAUGGUUGGUGAUCUGAAACAUGGCCGUACAGUCCACUCCCUGGCCAAGCUGCUGACUCAGUAUCGCAUCACUCUGCGCUAUGUGGCCCCCAGGAACCUUCACAUGCCAGCUGAGAUUAUCGACUACGUUGCCUCCAAGGGCAUCAAGCAGGAGGAGUUUGAGAGUAUCGAGGAAGCCCUGCCUGAGACUGAUGUCCUCUACAUGACCAGGAUUCAGAAGGAGAGGUUUGCGUCUGAGGAGGAGUACAAGGCUUGCUUCGGCCAGUUCAUCCUCACCCCUCAUAUCAUGACCUCAGCCAAAAGGAAGAUGGUGGUCAUGCAUCCACUGCCAAGAGUCAAUGAAAUCAGUAUGGAGGUGGACACAGACCCACGAGCAGCUUACUUCCGCCAGGCAGAGAACGGCAUGUACAUUCGAAUGGCUCUGCUGGCCACUGUACUGGGCAGAUAGAGCUGCAGCUCCUCCACGAGGUUAACCGUUGGUUUUCUACAGUGUCUGCGGGUCCUCUUAAGUUUGAAAAUGUCUUGGAUAAUGGCAUUGGUUAAUAGUUUUUUUCUUCUUCUAAAUUGAGUCUUAAAAAUCUUAAACUGUCGUGGUAUUGUGUAGUGUGACAUAUAGGUCCAGGUCUGUAGAUGCUUUUUCUUUUCAAGCUUAUUUCAGUGUCAAAAUUAAUGUUACAUUGCUUUAAAACUGUUAUUAAAAUGUCUUAAAACUUGUAGACAUGCUACAAGAACGGACCAGACAAUUCACAUUCCUACAUCCUAUUUUUUCAUUUUAUCUAAUUGAGCCACUGUGUUGGGGAUCAAGAACCUUGGAUCAGCACUCCUACUUGAGGAGCUUGGCAAGGCACUUUGUCAGGAGAAAGGUGGAGACACUGACGUCACCGUAACACACCAGUGGUAUGAUGUGUUUGUAGUGAUCAUUUAAAACAUCGAACAGUAUGUAAAUCUGUUGGUACCUGUGCACAAGCAGUCACUGCAGCCACCUGGAUUUGCUGCAAAGCCAGCGUCCCCUCUUCCACCAAGCUCUCAGAAAGCUCCUGUACCUUUUUAAAGGGACAAAUAGUUUGUUUGAAAGGGAGAAAACAGAAAUCGUCUAACACACCCGUCAUGUAAACGGCUACUAUUUUUGUUUGUUCACUCUGCAAGCAACCUAGUUGAUGAAUUGUUCUAUACUGACCGAUUGUGGAUGGUCACAGGAGGCUCUGUUUGCAUGUAUGUAGUGGACUGGUGCAGCUACAAAAUCAUUGCUGUUCAUAACUUUACAUUGUUUUAUUGUUAAAUAGGGGACAAGGGAACAAGGAGGUGCAGAAAUCUGAUUGGCUGACAAUCUGACUAUAAAAGUUGAGGUAGCUCAGGUAUGCAGGUAAUAAAUGGAUUUCUGGUGACUUGUUGAUGGUGCUGCUCCCAGUGUGAACAUAAGAUAAUAUAUGGCUUAUGGUCACAUCACUUUGGUGGAACAAGAGAAGUUCGGUGCAUACAAUAUAUGCAAGAUAAGAGUGUCUCUUAUCAAAUGUGCAUGAAGGGAAUGUUUGAAAAAGAUUGUAAAUUGUCACCCACGAUGAAAGACAGAAUGUAGCUGCUUACCUGCGGUCUCAUGUGGAAUCAAAUUGCUUUGCAGAAUUACUCAAAAAUUGCCUUGUCGUUUGAAGCAGAUUUGUGCAAUGUGUCCUCUAAUGUGCCCUCUUUAACAUUUCAAAGCCAUGUACGUUAACAUUUUAAGAAUUCCUCUGUUGCCUUGUCAUUCCAUUAAAUGUGUCACUGUUUCACUUGAUAUUCUCUAUAGGUUUUCUGUUUUGUAAGAAUAAAUUGCACUAACUCAGCUUGUGGUUUCAUAUACUAUAGCCGUUUCUAAACAAACUUUUUAUCCAAGAGGGAAUUGAUGUGAGUAAAGUGGUAUUGGAUGACUAUUUUGUGGACAAAUAAAUAAAAAACCCAACCCUUUCUCA